AUGCCUGGAAACGAAGCAGUAGACAGGGUCCAUAAUUUUUUUGGUCAAGAAAACUUGUCCCAGGGACAGUAUCAUUCACAAGCGGUUGAUGGGAACUGGCCAGGACUGAACAACAAUAUAUGGGUUGGCAGCCAGAGAUCGACUGGUGUGCCUUUUAUUUCCAAUUUGAAGAAUUUUAAUCAACAGCAAUCUGAUUCGGAGCAGGGACACAUAAGCUCUCCACAUAUGCGUCAUAGUCUGAACCUAUCUCAAUCAAAUUUGAGGUCUGAGUCUGGAAGAAAUCAGCUGCCAAACCAACAAGCAGCUGUAAGUGGCUACAUGCAGGGACAACAGGUUUUCCAGACCAGGCACAGUGGAUCUAAUAUUAUGGGAGUGGAUACAGAAUCUGAUUGGCACAGCCUAUCAAGAGGGACACCUGUGCCAGAGUCACAAGGGAGUAGUGGUCUUGAGUUUUAUAAGAAAAAUUUAGCUAGGAAUGAUGCUGGUGAAUCUCCUGUCAAUUUUGAUUUCUUUGGAAGUCAACAGCAAGUAAGUGGCCGCCAGAAUGGAAUGCUUCAGCCUUUACUUAGACCGCAUUCAGGAAUAAAUGAAAUGCAUCUAUUACAGCAGCAAGCAUUACUUAACCAGAUGCAAGAACUUCAGAGGCAGCAACAAUUUCAUCAACUAGAAGCAAAGCAACAUAAUUCUAUGGCCCCAGCCCAGUCUAUUUCAAAACAGACAGUUACUGGCCAUUCCACGUCUCUUAUUAAUGGAAAUCCCGUAAAUGAGGCAUCUAAUUUUAUGUGGCAGCCUGAUGUUACACCAAGUAAUGCAAAUUGGCUCCAGCGUGGUGCAUCUCCAGUUAUGCACGGGUCCUCUAAUGGGCUUAUGUUAUCUCCCGAACAAGGACAAGCAUUGCGCAUGAUGGGUUUGGUUCAUAAUCAGGGAGGAGACCAGUCUCUUUAUGGUGUUCCAGUAUCUGGUUCAGGAGGCACUCCUAACCUUUAUUAUCAUUUUCAAGCAGAUAAGCCCGCAAUGCCUCAAGUUUCUUUCCCACAGCAAUACUCUCACGUUCAUGGGAACAAAUCUACACUGUCACAUAUAACAGCAGGGGGUAAUUCAUUUCCAGCUCACCAAUAUGCUGCAUUUUCAGAUCAAAGUAACACAAACGAUGGACCUUUAGUUUCAAGACAGGAUAUUCAAGAAAAGAGCAUGUUUGGACCUACUGCUCGGGGUAUAAAUAGUCGGGGUAUAAAUAGUCGGGGUAUAAAUAGUAGAGUCAAUGUGGAAAACUUGCAGCAAAUGAAUUCUGAGCAAAGAAUUGUAUCAAUGCAAGAUUUUAAUGGGAGACAAGAACUAGCUGGAUCUUCAGAGCUAUCAUCACAAGACAAGAAAGUGCAGGUUCCUCCUUCACAGAACGUAGCUACACUAGAUCCAACUGAAGAGAAGAUUUUGUUUGGCUCAGAUGAUAGCUUGUGGGAUGGAUUUGGUGCGAAUAUAGGUGACUUUAAUAUGCUGGAUGGUACAGAUAGUUCUAGUGGAUUUCCAUCCCUUCAGAGUGGGAGUUGGAGUGCGCUUAUGCAGUCUGCUGUGGCAGAAACAUCUAGUAGUGAUGUGGGUAUCCAGGAGGAGUGGAGUGGUCUAGGUUUUCGGAAUAUGGGGCAGUUAUCUGGAAAUGAGCAACCUUCAGCUACUGAUGGCAGCAAACAGCAAUCAGUUUGGGCUAACAAUAACUUGCAAUUACCUUCCAAUUUAAAUUCAAGACCUUUUAUUCAGCCCAAUGAUGUUAGUAGGCCCCCAACAGCUGAAAACCAUUGUAGUGUUUCUGAAUUACAUCAGUCAGGUCCUGACUCUUCACAUGAACAUCAUGACAGAUUACAGACCGAUUCUCAGAGACCAAUUCCACAGUAUUUAGAAAGAGGCAGGUGGUUAGAUUGCAGUCCUCAGCAAAAACAGUUCUCUGAAGGUGGUCAUAUACAUGGAAAAACUACCAACUCUUCAGGUUUAGAAAAAAAUGAAAAGGUUCUAUCAGAUUAUUGGACACAUCAACCCACCAUAUCAUCAUGUAGUGGUAGUGGUGGUCCGUUCAAUAAGUCUGAUGGGUGGGACGUUACAAACUCAACCCCUUUUGAUAGUAGUUCUACUUUCAAAACCCAUGAAAAUGAAAACUCAUUGAAGCACCAUGAUGAGAAAGCUGUGCAUGAAGAGAUGAGCCAGGUACCUGCUUCAUGGGAGUCUAAUUCUGAUGCUAAUUUAUCUGCUGAGUUGGAACAUGAGAAAUCUACUGAUAACAUGCAAAUUUGUCGGGAGGAUUCUGGUAUGAAUGGUAUUGCCGCAUUGCCAAAUUCGGUCCCUGCAUGGUUCAGCCAGCCAAGCAGCAAGAAGCUCUCUAACAUUGAUGUAUGUAGAGAUUCUGAAUCAGCAGAUAGCUAUAAAAGAAGUGAAGGUCCAGGAAAAUACAAGCAUCAUAUGGAGAACCCUUUAAUUUUAGAAUCAUCUAAGAAUGGAAAAUUUGAAGGUGAUGCAGAUGAUGCGGAUGACUGUAAUAAAAUUGAAAAAUCAGAAGAUGGUCUUGGAUCUAAUCUUCUCAUCCAAGAGAUGGUAGUAACGAGAGAAAAUGCAGAUUUUGAUGGCAAUGAUUUGCAUAGCCCAAAGUCAGCUGGUCAGGCACAUCAAGGAUCUUCCAUAACUCGUAAAUUUCAGUAUCAUCCGAUGGGGGAUCUCGGUGUUGAAGUGGAACCGUAUGGAAACAAACAGGUCAUAAAUUCACAAGCUAUGAACCAUCACCACUUUGGAGGACUUAAAGAUCAGGGAAAUAUCUAUAGCUCUCUUGGGCAAUCAAAGCAUGGACAUUUUGACGUGAAUUAUAGUGAAACAGAGAAGGGUGAGUCAGAGAGGUUGGAUAACAAUAAUACUGCUUUACCCAGGGUGCCUGAAACUGAAUCUUCAGAUGGGUUUGCUGCACAUCCUCAGAGGAAUCAAAGUUCUUCGACUCGGGGCUUUGGAUUACAAUUGGCUCCACCUACUCAGGGGCAUACAUGGUUGGCUACUAACCAGACUUUUCCUCCUCAAGAGUCAUCUCCUGGGGAGAAUAGGGAUAAUAUUUCUAGUACCACAGGGCAAGUUUUUGGUAAGGCUUCUCAGUACAGUGUUCUAGGGAACAUUCCACCGGCUUUUACAUCUGGAUUUCCAUUCUCCAAGAACUAUAAUCAGAAUCAGAAUAUAGCUCAUCUUGGUGGACAAGUAACAAAUAAUCAGCCGGCUUCCUCGAAUCAGAUAGAUGAAUACGGUGAAAGAGCUCAAGCUAGUCAACCUGAAAUUGCAUCUGCUCAGGACAUGUCCCAGCCAAGUGGUACAGAACAAAUUCGAGCCAGUCAGCCUUCUGGUAUAUAUGUUGCAUCCCUGCAUGGCACCCCUUUGAAUGUUAUGCAGAAUUUAUGGACCAGUGUUUCUAGCAGGCAACAUCCUAAUGCUUUGAAGAUUUCAUCACUGCCCAAACAAAUUAACAACUGUGGAAUGGUAGCUGACUCCAGCAAUCCAGGUGAUCAGGGUCCAGAGAAAGAUGGUAAGGGAUUAUCUUCCAUUGGGGCUGAAGAUGCUGCAUUUCCAUCACACAUGAUAGACCCUGUUGUGAAAUGUGUAUCCGAUGCUUCUCAACCAAACCUAGAUGCGACCUCUAGAGACAAUGAGGCUCUAGGUCAGUCUUUAAGACCAAACAAUGUUUUGAAUUACAAUUUCUCCUCCCUGAAUCAAGUCCAAUCCAUGAGAAACAUGGAGAUUGAUCCUAGUAAUCGGGAAGCCAAGAGAUUGAAAGUUUCAGAUAAUAUGCCAAACAAACAGCAGAUAGAUUCCAACCAGGAACAACAAUUGUCAUAUGGACAUAACAAUGUGGUCAAAGAUGUAUCUGGAAAUUAUUCUUCCAUCACAUCAUCAGAUCCCAGUAUGUUAUGCUUGUCAGCAAAGCCACAUAAUGUACAGAACACAAAUGCAACUUCUCAAGAGGUGAUUGGAGAUGAUCAGGAAAAAUCUGUUAAUGUUUCAGAUAGUAAUAAAGCAGUUUCUAUCAGAAGUGGUCAUUAUCCAAUAAAUCCUCAGAUGGCACCAUCGCGGUUUGAACAAUAUGGAGCUUUUAAGAAUGGUAAGAUAUUGCCUGUUUAUGAUGCACAGAAGAUAACUGCUGCGAAGACUAUGGACCAACCUUUCAUUAUACCAAACCAAUCAGAUAGUCUGCAUUUCCAAAAUUCAGUAGAGCAAGUUAAUAGUCGUAGUGAUGCUCAACUUGGUAGCACCAGGCAUACUCCAAUGCCUGCUUCAGUUGAGAGUGAGAAUGUAUGUUCUCAGUUAUCAACUCCUAUGGGUGAACCUGACUUACUUAGUUUUAGUUCAAAGAAGCGUAAAAGUUCCAUAUCUGGACUCCUGUCAUGGCAUAAAGAAGUUACUCAGGGUUCUGAACGGCUUCGAGAUCUCAGUGCGGCGGAAUUAUUAUGGGCCCGAACUGCAAACAGAUUGGCUGAGAAGGUUGAAGCUGGUGCUGUUGAAGAUCUAUCAGUGAUGGUGAAGGCAAAAAGAAGACUUGUCUUGACUACACAACUUAUGCAGCAACUGCUAAGCCCGCCUCCUGCAAUAGUUCUUGUUGAAGAUAUGAAGUUGCAUCAUGAAAGUGUGGUCUACUCUGUUUCCAGAUUAACAUUAGGAGAAGCAUGCAGUUCUAUCUCAUGGUCUGAAUGUGAUACUUCUUUGCCUCCUGGCAGCACAAUCCUGUAA